UCAUACUGUCAUACAUCAUACAAGUACAUGUGUACAACCAUUAAAAAAAUGCAACCAAGAAUUACUUCAUAUAGCACCACGCCACCACGAACUAAACUAGAACACAGGCCCGAAACCCACAAAAGCGCAGCAAGGUUUCCUGGUUCAGGAACACACUACUAAUAUCUUUCAGCACAACUUGAGUGCAAUAAUUUCUCCAUAAAAAUGGCACCUUCAACCAUACUUUUACUUCAAAACAACACCCUUAUUUUAGCUUUUUCCAUAAUAGGAUUCCUAACUUUCUCCACCCAAAUCCUGAAAUUUACCAAAUGGGUCUGGUCCAUGUUCUUAAGACCCCCAAAAAAGUUAACCAGUUACGGUUCAUGGGCUCUAAUCACUGGCUCAACCGACGGAAUCGGCAAAUCACUCAGCUUUGAAUUAGCCUCAAAAGGUCUAAAUCUAAUCUUAAUUGGUAGAAACACCCACAAACUCCAAACAACUUCAGAUGAGAUUUGGGCAAAAUAUGGUAAAGAAAAAACCAAGAUUAAGAUAAUUGUCAUUGACUUUGAGAAAAUAAGUGGGCAGGAAAUUGAGUGCAAAAUUAAGACAGAAAUUGAAGAUUUUGAAGUUGGGAUUUUGAUAAAUAAUGUGGGUUUAUCUUCUAAAGGUGCAAGAUUUUUUCAUGAAGUUGGAAUUGAAGGGAUGAGUAAUUUGUUAAAUGUUAAUAUUGAGAGUGUAAAUUGGGUUACUAGAGCUGUUCUUCCUGGUAUGUUGAAGAGAAGAAAAGGUGCCAUUGUUAAUAUUGGUUCUGGUUCUGCUCAUGCUGUUCCUUCUUACCCUCUUUUUUCCAUUUAUGCUGCUACAAAAGCUUAUGUUGCUAUGUUGUCGAGGAGCUUGAGUUUGGAAUAUAAGCAGUUUGGAAUUGACAUCCAGUGUCAGAUACCGUUGCUUGUUGCAACAAAGAUGGCAUCCAUAAAGAAAUCAUCCUUCUUUGUUCCUUCACCCGAGCAGUACAGCAAAGCGAGUGUAAGAUGGAUUGGUUAUGAGUGCCUCUGUGUUCCCUACUGGCCUCAUGCUUUGCAGUGGUGUUUAAUAGACGCGAUUCCAGACUCUUUAGUGAAUCGGGCUCUUUUGCGAUAUUUUCUCAGCUUACGUAAGAAAAUUCUUCAGAAAGAGAACAAACUAGCCUAGUUUUAGGUCCAUUGUUAACAAUUGCAAAAAGGUUUUCUAGGGUGAGAUGUGCUUAUUUCAUCUUUGGAUAAUUAUUGUUUGCUCAUAAGCAAAAAUCGGUUGAUUAAAUUCUUGCUUUAAGCUUUAUUAGGAGUGUACAUAUGUAUGUAUUUCUAAUAUUUCUUGAAUUAAUAAUUAUGCAGUAUGAUCCAGGACCAUUAAUUUGGAGAUCAUAAAAAGUGUUUUAUUAAUGAA